UAUAGUGAUAAUUAGUAUCGUAGCGACAUUCGGACAAAAUGAUCGUCGAAGUGCUGGUGUUUCUGGUGACCACUCUCCUGGCCUACUUCCUGUACCUGUACAAAUGGGUACAUCACUAUUUUGACAAAAGGGGAGUGAAGUAUUUGCCCGGGGUGCCGGUAUUUGGCAACAUGUUAAGUUCUCAGUUACAGAAAUGUCACAUGGUUGACGAUUUCGAUAAGGUUUAUCGUGCAUUCCCGAAUGAAAGAUAUGUGGGUUAUAUAGAAGGCACAACACCUAUCAUCAUGAUCCGAGACCCGGAGCUGACGAAAGCCAUCACGGUUAAGGACUUCGAUCACUUCGUCAACCACAAAGAGUUCAUCUCUGAGGAGAUCGAGCCGCUGUUUGGAGGCAGCCUGGUCAUGAUGAAGGGCGAGCGAUGGCACGACAUGCGCACGACGCUGAGCCCCGCCUUCACCGGCUCCAAGAUGAGGAAGAUGCUGCCCUUCAUGACGGAGAUCAGCAGCAACAUCGUCCGACAUUUGAAAGACCGCAUUAACGAAGACAUCGACGUGGAGGACCUGAUACGUCGCUACACGAAUGACGUCAUCGCGUCAGCUGCCUUCGGCCUGCAGGUGGACUCGGUGAAGGACAAGGACAACAAGUUCUACAAGAUGGGACAGCAUCUGUUCAAAUUCAACGCCUGGCAGAGAUUCCUCUUCUUCUUCACUGGUGUCUUCCCCAACCUGUCUAAAAAGCUCGGUGUUAAUAUAUUCCCUGCGAAGACGACGGAUUUCUUCAACAAUCUAGUGAGAAGCACCAUGGAGCAUCGUGAGAAGAACAACAUAGAGAGGCCUGACAUGAUACAGCUGUUGAUGGAGGCCUCUAAAGGUGCACUAAAGGCUGAGAACGACGCCAGCGAUAAUUUCGCCCCCACUGACGACACCUUCAAACCGAAGACUGUACAAAGACAAUGGACUCAAACGGAGCUAUCGGGCCAAGUCUUCAUCUUCUUCGUCGCCGGCUAUGAGAGUUCUGCUACCGCCCUGGUGAUGUGCGUCCACGAGCUGGCGCUCAACCCUGACGUGCAGGAGAAGUUGUACCAGGAGGUCAGACAGUUCAAGGAGGAACGAGGGGAGUUGACGUACGACAACAUUUCCACGUUGAAGUACUUGGAUUGUGUGUUGAAUGAAACCCAAAGAAAAUGGGCGGCUGCUCUUAUAAUGGACCGAGUGUGCACCAAGCCUUAUGAGCUACCACCACCGAGGGAAGGAGGAAAACCAGUGCAAUUGAACAAAGGCGACAUAGUAUACAACCUGGUGAACUCCCUGCAAAUGGACCCGCAGUACCACCCGGACCCGACCCGGUUCUACCCGGAGCGGUUCAGCGAUGAGAACAAACACAACAUCAAACCAUUCACCUACAUGCCCUUCGGCAUGGGCCCCAGGAACUGCAUCGGAUCAAGGUUUGCCUUGAUGGAGCUAAAGGUACUAAUAUUCACCCUGGUGCUGAACUUUAAGAUUGUGAAAACCGCAAAGACCUCUGACCCUAUAGAGCUAAGACCCCACGCGUUCAGCAUACAACCCAAGAACGGAUCUUGGGUUAAAUUGGAACCUAGAACAUAAGUCGAAAUUUUAUUUUAUACCUUUUAAUAAAAUUAAUUGUUAAUUUGUGUAUACUGUAUACCUAACUAAAAAUAUUAAGUUAUAGGUAUUUUUGUGAGAAGCGCAUAAUUUUAAGAAUUGUUGUUUUAAUAAAUAUCUUUUUUUUUCAAAA